CGCCGUUAAGUAUAAACACGACGCCUUAUCGCUAGAAGGGAGGAUAGUGACCGAUAGUUAAUUCCCGGUAUACGCGCAACACACAUAAAACACCGCGCGCGCUACGGAAAAUAUCUUAUUGAACACCAGAUUACGUCAAUUUUGGUCAAAAUGAAAGCACAAGUUCUACUGUUGAUGUUUGCGGUUCUCAUUGCAAGCCAAAUACAAGACUCAUCUGGCGGGUUUUGCUACGAGAAGUACAAAAAUAACAGUUGUCGCAGCCUGCUCAAGUCCGGCGGGAAAAGAGUCACAUUUGACGAGUGCUGUAGAAACGGCGGAGCAGGGGGCUGGGCCGAUAAAAAGAAAAUGCGAAAGACAGCGUGUCGGCCUUGCACCUCAGUCGUCAUAGUGACGAGCCAGUGGGGUAGCUGGGGAGCGUGGACGCCAUGUACACGGACUUGUGGAAGGUCCAUACAAAUAAGAAGGAGAACGUGCUUCUCAAAGGGCGUGCCGAACUGCAGAGGAUCCGAUGAGGAGAGGAAGAGAUGCGACCUACAGCCAUGCCCAAUUGAUGGUGGCUGGACGGAAUGGACCGAGUGGAGCGCAUGCUCAAAGACGUGUGGCGCUGGCCACAGACUUCGACGGCGCAGCUGUUCCAACCCAAAGCCUCAAUAUGGCGGCAGCGAAUGCAAAGGAAGUCUGGAAAAAUGGGGCAAAUGUCAGCUACAGGAACACUGUCCAGUCGAUGGAGACUGGGGCGAGUGGAGUUCAUGGAGCAGUUGUAGCGUAACAUGUGACCUUGGAACUAAAACACGCACGCGCAAAUGCGACAACCCUUUGCCCAAAUAUGGAGGCAAGCCGUGUGACCCAGUUCAGGGAAAAGGAAUCCAGUACUGUCGAGAGGAGAGAUGUGGAAAGACCUCAGUCGGAUGUGAUGACGAUGACAGCUGUGCCUCAGGGUCUGGAUCGGGAUUCGUGUCAAGCGGCUCCGGGUCUGGAUCCGGAUCCCGGGGGGGUUCCGGGUCCGGAGAAGGGUCCGGUGCUUCCGAUGAGGGCUCAGGUGGAGAAGGAUCUGGGGACGGGUUAUGGAUUCGUAGUGGAAAACCUAAGAUCCCGGAUGACGAGGACUUUGAUUAGGUAGCUUUGAGGAGGCUAUUCCACUAUAGUGGCUUUGGUGUUUUUUACGAAUAGAAAUUCUCGGAAGCUGUGAAUUUUAGACUGAGCAAAAGGUAGACUUAGUUUGCACAACUUAGUACAAGUCUUUGUAGACAUGCAACAAGUCAUUUCGUACGAGCUAGCUACAGUACAACACGGGGUGGGUGGACAAUAAGCGCCUUGCGCUAAGAGAUCACGUGACUUUUAGGGGGCGCUCAGGCGUUUGGCAAAAUAGCAGCAAAAAAGCCACUUAUUUAGCACUCACGAAUAAAGCCAGUAAUUUGUUUUCUGGAAGAUUUUAUUUGCUUUUAAACAUUUCAUUUUUCACAGUUUGUUUUGGUUUGAAUUUGCCAUCUAAAGGGUCACGUGAUCUCUUUACGCAAGUCCCCUAAAAAAGCUAGUAGAAAGUGAUGUUCAAAUGUCACAAAUAUCACUCGAUGGUAGUCCGCCUAGGUUAGUAUGCCAUUAUCAUAUAGGGGGCUGGGUUCAAGUCUUUUGGAAAUGAGGGGUAGUAUUGCUAGUAAAGACUUCUGAUAACCCUACAAUCUCUGCACCAAAGUCGGUCAUUUUGCAAAUGGCGAAUGCCAGUUUAUUCGAGUAGAAUUCGUACAGCACUCCAAAUCAUCUUCCUUAGUUUUAAUAAGGGAGAUGCUAGCUUCACGCAAGCUACAUAAUAAUAGAUUAAUAUUGCGAUUUUGAGUAAUCUUCAGAACUCUUAGCAACGGCAAAAACGCUUUCGGGCUUCCGUCAAUCAAGUUUUAAAAAUCAAUGUGGUAAUACAUUUUGUGCUCACAGAUUGGUCAACGCUUCGCAAGAUGGCAUGAUCGGAAGCCAUCUAAAUGUUAAUGCCAAUAAAAAACCUUCAAGAGCUUUGAUUGGCGGAAGAAGUUAUCCAGUUUAAAGAAUGGAAUCCGUGAGCGUGAUGAGAUCCUCUACGCCCCCCGCCCCCUUUCGAGGAAUACCUAAAGUCAGCCAGACAUGAAAAAAAAAGGUUCUGCGUGAGAACUAAAAGGGCCUGUUCUUUGAUGUUAUAUGGGGCCCCUUUUCACACUGUAGGGCAAAGUUAUAUUUAUAGAAUCGAUACACACAUUAUGUCUAUAGAGAUAUUUUAUGGUACAACAGAAAGCACAUGUAGAGUAAAAUGUAAGGACAUCACAAACGUAAAUUCAGAGCUUUUAUUGGAGUAAUCGGAAAAUGUUAAAAAAAAACACAGGUUAAAACAAGAGAUAAAAAAACAAAACGGUCAAACCAGUUGAUAAAAAGGCAGCACGAUUCGACAAAACAAGUUAAUCUGGUCGAUUCUCAAUCUUUGUCUGGGUUUACGUUUGCGAAGGCUCGUAAAUGUUGUGACAAGCCAACGAAAGAUUGGUACUUCAUGUUAUAGUUCACGUUAGCGUAAAUAAACCGUAUGAAUUAUCUCAGGUUA